CAGGCGUGCCCCAGGCGAGGAGCUGAAAUGACCCUACCAGCUCUGCUAUGGACAGUGACGACGGCUUUUCUGUGGAGAUCGGGUUCUGGCCAGAUCCCAUCUCAAGCAAGGAUCCCUAUUCGCUACCCUAAGAUCUCGGGCUCAGAAACUAUUCCUUGUGACUGCCGCAGUCCCCCCUGUGAGCGUGUCUACUGGUACCGUAGUCUUACCAGCAACAACAAACUUCAGUUUCUUGCUCAUUACACCAAUGUUGGCCGCCAUAACUAUGGAGAAGAUGUGAAGCCUGACCAGUUUAAGCUCAGAAAGAGGGACAGUACUUUUGAGCUAAUCAUCAAUAAUGUGUCGGCGGAUGAUGCGGGGCUCUAUUCCUGUGUUCUGAAUAACAAAGAAGAGGGGUGGAAGCCUGGGGUUCUUCUCCAACCUGGAGCAACCCCCCCACCGUUAUCCACGAAAAGGCCCAAGACAACGCCCAAGAAAAAGCCCCGGCUGCCUGUCGUUCCAGUCUGUCACAUCAGGGGGGGAAAUAACCCAGAGGGUGGCUGUAUGGUUCUGUGGUUGUUGGUUGGAGCGUGUGCGUUUCUGACCGUAGCUCUUCUCUCCACACUGUACUACUUCAGCCGGCUCCCCAAAAAGUGUCGACAUCAUUUUGUGAAGAAAAGCCGGACGAUGCAAUGAAGCAAUGCAUCUACACCCUGCAACUGAACCAACUGCCUGGUCAAAAUGCAUGACAAUAAUGAAGCAGGCCCUAGGAAGGAAUCUACUGAGUCAGCUCCCCUCGUAACAUCAUGCAACGGCUAUCUACAGUAUGAGCGAUGAUGUCAUCACUCAUACUGAUGAUCAGUACUCAUACAUCACUCAUACACUUCACUCAUGUGUGGCACAUCAUGGAGUUUUAUGAUUUUUACAUUCAUACAGCAUCAGUGUGUGAUAUGCUCUAGCUGAUUUUUGUUACUAGAAUCAUGCAUAAUUUUUGUUUCUCUAUGAUUUACAUUUUAUGUAUAUC